CUCACGUCACUAGUUGUGUAGGGGAGUAUGGGCUGUGCUGUCAGCCCGGUGUCAGUCUGAUGAAGAUUGGCAUUCAGGGUCUCCAUGUGAAGCUUUCCCAUGAUGCAACAUGUGCCUCCAGCACCAGCACUGACAAUGAUGGCCACACAGAGCGUCCCUCCACCAUCCUAUCAAGAGAGUCAACAGAUGACCGGCACUGCACAACAGAACUCCAAGGCCCAGCAGGUCCACAUCUCGGCGUCGUCAGGCGCAGGGGCCGCCCCGCUCAGCGUGACCCUUGACCCCCAAGCACAGCUGGAAUCAGACAAACGGGCUGUUUACAGACACCCAUUAUUCCCAUUGCUGGCUUUGCUGUUUGAGAAGUGUGAGCAGGCUACACAGGGCUCAGAGUGCAUCACCUCAGCCAGCUUCGAUGUCGACAUUGAGAACUUUGUGCACCAGCAGGAGCAGGAACGCAAACCUUUCUUCAGCGAGGAUCCUGAACUCGACAACCUGAUGGUAAAGGCGAUCCAGGUGUUACGGAUCCACCUGCUGGAGUUGGAGAAGGUGAACGAGCUCUGUAAAGACUUCUGCAACCGUUACAUCACUUGCCUCAAGACUAAGAUGCACAGCGACAAUCUGCUACGCAAUGACCUGGGUGGUCCAUAUUCACCGUCACACACCAGCCUACAGCAGGAUAUGAUGCAGACUUCCUCUUCCUCACUCUCAUCUGUGUCGAGCUCAGUGAACUCUUCAGGCAUCGCAGCCUGUUCUUUGCCUCAGAGCAAUGUCAAUAUGACCAGCAUCAACUCACAGGUGGUGUCAGGUGGGGCCCUGUAUCAGCCGGUUGCCAUGGUGACUUCUCAAGGGCAGGUGUUAACCCAGACUCUACAGCAGGGGACCAUCCAGCUCCAGAACACACAGGUGAAUCUGGACCUCGCUUCACUCUUGGACAGUGAUGAUAAGAAGUCAAAGAACAAGAGGGGUGUCCUUCCCAAACAUGCCACGAACAUCAUGCGCUCCUGGCUCUUCCAGCAUCUCAUGCACCCGUAUCCUACAGAAGACGAGAAAAGACAGAUCGCCGCACAGACCAACCUCACCUUAUUACAAGUAAACAACUGGUUUAUCAACGCGCGCCGGCGUAUCCUACAGCCCAUGCUGGAUGCCAGUAACCCUGAUCCUGCUCCUAAAGCCAAGAAGAUGAAGUCACAGCACAGACCUACGCAGCGUUUCUGGCCUGACUCCAUCGUGGCUGGUGUGCUGCAGACACAUGGCCCUCAUUCUGCUAACAAUUCAGACAGUUCCCUGGGCAUGGACAGCCUGCAGCCUCUCUCCUCCGACUCGGCCACUCUGGCCAUGCAGCAGGCCAUGUUGGCAGGAGCUGAGGACUCUAUGGACGGCACAGACGACGAAGAAGAGGAAGAAGAGGACGAAGAAGGGAUGGAGGAUGAGGAGGACGAUGAAGAAGAAGAAAGGCACUUGUCUGUCAGGAGAGAUUUGCGCCUUGAUCACAGCGAGGGACUGGAACUACAUUGGGUCUUCUGCUCAACAGUUGCAGACAUGUCAAUUGCUAAGACGGCCGCGCAUGCAAUACUGUCUGACGCCCUGCUUCAGAACAGUAAUAUAGAUGACCGCAUUCGACACCUGAACCUGGAGCUGCCCUUAGACAAAGUCAUCAAAUUUGUAUCUGUGGGACUUCCUCUAAUGCUGGUGUCUGUGGCAUUUGCUCGAGAGAUUUCAGUCGGUCCACAAGUUAGCUGUUUUCCUCCAAACAACUUCACGGUGAAGCAGGCUGCAUACGUAGACACGUACUGCUGGGAUUCAUUGAUGCACCAUGAGUUUGACGCGGAUGGAAACUCUGAAGAACGUUCCCUGUGGGUUCAUAAGAUGUUCCCCUACUCCCUGCUUAUCAUGGCGAUGGCUAUGUACCUUCCAGCUCUGAUCUGGAAGUUUCUAGCUAUGCCAACUCUGGGUUCUGACCUGCUCUUUAUAAUUGAUGAGCUGGACAAGUCUUACAACCGCUCAGUGCGCUUGGCUCAGAGCAUUGUAGAGCUUAAAGAGAAUACUAACCCAUAUGAAUUUCAAGCAGAGUUGCAGAGAGCCAAGAGGAAGCGUUACUUUGAGUACCCCCUGCUGGAGAGAUACAUGCAAUACAAGCAUGGUUCCUACUUUCUGGUCAGCAUGCUGUUCCUGCGUGGGUUCCUCUUACUUACCUUCAUGUCAGCAGCCUGUCUCUACCUGGUCUACUUUCACCUCUCAGCUUUCCUUCAGGAUGAGUUUAGCUGCUUGAUGCGUACAGGAAUCCUCCAAGAUCAAGUCUGGGUUCCAACUCUGGUGCAGUGCAAGAUCAGUGGCCUGAUGGUCUUCCAGAUCAUCAGCAUAGCUAACGGGGCUAUCUAUGUACUGCUGGGUCCUAUUGUCCUUUUCAGCUUGCUGCGCCUCUUCUGUUGGGACACCAGCUUUCUCUCACUCUAUGAGGUGCUUCCUGCUCUGGGGCUGAUCAGUGGUCAGAAGCUUGGCUGCCCGUUGAACGACUUGAACGUGCUUCUCCUCUUCCUGCGUGUUAAUGUAGCUCAUCUGCGCUCGUACGGUCGACUUAAGGCCUUGUGUUCACUAGCGCCACCUCAUUUACACAGGGGUAAGGGCAUGCUGACAGAGGAGCAGAUCGAGGAAGCUGCUGAAGAGGCUGAGGAGCUGGCGGAGGCAAUACAGGAGGCCAGAGAGGAAAAGAAACACAAUCUAGUGGACAUCAUGACUAUGCUUGGAGCAGCCAGGGGGAAUGUAGUAAAUUGCCCUGAACAGCGCCCUCUGGUGGAGGAGAACAUGACAAUCGAACAUAACCACCAGGGCUACCAUGAACUGGAGGAGUCUGUAUCAUGUUGUUUUGGGUAAGCCGUCCUUUGAACCAUCGCUGUUAGCGAGGCAUAAUGACCGUGGACUAACCACACCCCAUCUAGACUAGAAGUAGGACAAAACCG